UCCCAAGAUAUUUACUUCGGGGGCAGCACGUAAUUUUACUAAUAGUAAGAAAGAAACUGUACAAUUUCCAAAUUAUACGGGACCUGGUGCUAAAAGUGAAAUAAUUUUUUUCCCUGAUGAAAAUAAAUAUUUCCAAAUCAGAGAAAAUGCGUUCAAAAGUGGUGUAAACGUUUUUAUGAGUGAUGUUAUUGGAAUAAAGCGGAUUCUUCCAGACAGACGGCCUGAUGCAUGCAAGAAAAUAAAAUAUCCCGAAAUCCUGCCUUCAGUAAGCAUUGUGAUCACAUUUAGGGACGAACCUAUAUCGUGCUUGCUAAGACUUGUUCAGCAACCAAAUGUAUUACUGACUUCUCAUGUUGGGGAAAUUGGUCGCGAUAUCUUUGAAUUUAUAUUAGAUGAUCAGUAUAAACUGUUUUGUACGUUUGACCCUAUCACAAUAAUUGAGGAAUGGUUGACAUAUUCUCGGGCAUUUCGGGACACAAGAAAUGGAAGUGUUGAACCAAUUGAGUAUGGCACUAUUCCUGGUAUGAUGACUGCCAUGAGAAAAGAGUUUUUCUACAAACUUGGAGGAUUUGAUACCGGUAUGGAAAUUUGGGGCUUCGAACACAUAGAGCUGUCUGUAAAAGUAUGGCUUUGUGGCGGACGUGUUGAAAUGAUACCUUGCUCUAAAAUAGGGCACUUGUACAGAAAUAUCCCCUGGCAAAACAUUCACCCCGAUUUUGAUUAUAAAAAGAAAAAUAAGCUCAGAUUUAUUCUUGUUUGGAUGGAUGGUGAAAGCAAAAAAUUAGCUUUGGAAGCAUUACAUAGAGGCAACUAUUCUAAACAAAUUGACCCUGGUGACCUUACAGAUAGAUUUAAAAUAAAGAUAUUAAAUAAUUGCAAGCCAUAUCAACAUUAUAUUGACCAACUUCGUAAAAUGUCAAAUCCGUUCAUCCCGAAAAAUGUUCGUAAAAGCGGGAACAUUUUCAAUAAUGCUACAGAUCAGUGUUUAGAAAUUACUAGUAUUGAUGGUAUUUUCGAGCUUAUAACGUCCCAUUGUGGCGAUCAGGUGAGCCAGUUUUGUGUACUCACCGACAAUAUGAAUAUACGCACUAGCAGCCAUUGGAUUAAGUUUGAUAGACAGAAAAAGAAAAACUUGAAUUUCCCACACAAGUUCAAUACUUAUUCGUUCCGGAAUUAA